AUGCUGAGCUGGCUUGGGCAUCCCGAUAAAAGUGAUCAGCUGCAAGCUGCAAGCUGCAUCGCUAUGCUCAUGCAAUCUACCUCCCCACUGAUUCGACGACGCCUCUGUAUGCUCUAUCGUGCUAUCAGCCGCACAGCUCACUUUGCUCGCUGGCCUAGCCCUCCAGAUAAGGAUAGAGUCAACUACUGGGAAAGGAGAUUGAUGCCGCUCGCGGCCCGAAGCGUCUACCUGGUCUCCGGUAACAUGCCUAGCCUACCUUGGCAAUCGGAUCGGCCAGUUCUUGUAUCCGCAGUCACCCCCAUAAUCGAGGACCGGGAGGUCAAGGUCUAG